AUGACUGUCUCAGUUCCGGGAGGUCCCCUCCCGGAUCCCCGCCCGCCAGAGAUCAACGCGGGCUCAACGCGACCGCCAGAUACGUCCUCAUCACCGAAUGGAAAGUCGGAACGCGAAACUCAACAAGCUAAAAAGCGUCCGAAGGCGAUGUGUGUGAACCCCCUGUUUGUGGCGACACCCAUGGCCGAGGACAGUGUGACGCCGGAGGAGAGCCCGGUCAAGAAUGGUAACAAUGGCACGAACAGCCCGAGACGCCCGGCGACUCAUACCGCAUGA